AUGUCGGACCAAACGUCAGGGUCAGGUAGCAACGAGGCUGCGGCUCCGUUGUCGGCUCUCAGCACCUCGGCGCUAGGCUCGACACCUAAGCGUAUAAGACACCGAAAAGAGCAGAUCGAGUCUGCGUACGAGCUUCAAAGAAAUGCAGCAAUGAAAGGCGCCCUCCUCUACACAGCUCUCGGCGCAUCAUCCUGCAUCAUGGCACACCAUCUCUUCCCCGGCUUCCGACGCCAAACACUAGCUCUCAAAGGAUUCAUCACAUCAGGCUUCACCAUCUUCGGCUUCGUUGUCGGAGCAGACACCGUUCUUCUCAGCCACGAAUCACAACAACGGUCAGAAGAGAACAUGGUACGCAGUCGAGCACGAGCAGAGCUGGGAAAGAAGGGCAUCGUAGCAAGCGAGAAGGAGAUCGAGAAAUGGAAAGACGAGUACAUCCAACAGAAGCUCGAGGAACGCAGACAAAGAAGAGAGACAUUAUUGAGACAGUUGGAAGAAUCAGAGAAAGCGUCACCAGCAGCAGCAUCUUCACCAGCAGCAGGAAGCUCAACAUGA